UUAAGGGAUUAGGAGAACCUAAGGGGGCCAAGAGGCCAGUGCCCAGGCUCAGCUCAGUCUGCACAGAGGGGCUGUGGCAGAAGGAGGGCUCGGCAGGCUCUGCCACUCAGAUCACCAUGUACAGCUUCAUGGGUGGUGGCCUGUUCUGUGCCUGGGUGGGGACCAUCCUCCUGGUGGUGGCCACAGCAACAGACCACUGGAUGCAGUACCGGCUGUCAGGCUCCUUCGCCCACCAGGGCCUGUGGCGGUACUGCCUGGGCAGCAAGUGCUACGUGCAGACAGAGAGCAUCGGUGAGCCCCCCGGCCAGGGUCCAGGCCGCACCUGGGUAAAGAGCAGGGCGAACCUCGGGGCCCAAGGACACCUGUAUUCCAGAUGGAGAACUCUGCGGCUCAAAGAGGGAAAGGGAGCAGUCCAAGCAUACUGGAAUGCCACUCGGGCCUUCAUGAUCCUGUCCGCCCUAUGCGCCACCUCUGGCAUCAUCAUGGGCAUCAUGGCGUUCGCUCAGCAGCCUACCUUCUCCCGAAUCUCCCGGCCCUUCUCUGCUGGCAUCGUGUUUUUUGCCUCAACCCUUUUUGUCUUGUUGGCCUUGGGCAUCUACACUGGAGUCACCGUCAGCUUCCUGGGCCGCCGCUUUGGGGAUUGGCGCUUUUCCUGGUCCUACAUCCUGGGCUGGGUGGCAGUGCUCAUGACCUUCUUUGCAGGGAUUUUCUACAUGUGCGCCUACCGGAUGCAUGAAUGUCGGCGCCUGUCUACACCCCACUAAGCCCGAUUGUGUCCCCCCCAACUUCAUCUGGAAGUUAAAGUGAGGCCACUGAAGAGGAGGAGGAGGGUCUAGAGGCCUGAAAUCCUGGUUCCUAGGGGAAUGAAGGGGUCAGUUCUGGACUCUGGGUUGGGUGGGAGGCUGACUCCUCGUCCUAAGCUAGAAGGAGGAAGAAGGGGGCCUGUGGGAGGGAGCUGAGAGGACUCAAGUCCCCAUCUGCCUGGCAGGUUGUUAGAAAAAUGGAAUCUCCAUUAGAGCAACUUUCUGGGGUCGAAUAAAACUGAUGUGAAACUA